GCGGGCGUUAGCAACGAGACGCGGACUGGGCCGGAGUGAGCGAUCCGGCUGGAAACAUGCCGCCCAAAAAGAAAGAGAGGUCCGUCUCCCCGGCCGCGGCCGGGGAGAAAGUGGAGCCGUUCAACGCCGUGGAGAAGGAGCUCUACAUCAUCCAAGUGAAGGACCUGGAGAGCAGAGUGAGCAGGUACCAACGGAGACUGGAUGAAUUGGAAGUGACAAAGACCGAUUCUGAAGAAAAGCACGAACAACUUAGCAAAGACUUGCAAGAUGUUAUUGCCUAUCUGAAGAAGGGCCUGAAUCAGAGAAUUGAUGAGAUCACUGAUCUGAAUGACAAAGUAGAUGAUUUGAUACAAUCCAAGGAAACUGAGAAGGAGAGAUACGAAGCUCAGUUAUCACAGAUGCGUCGAGAGUUUCAGGAAGCUAAGGAUCAACUCACAUCAGAGAACAUGAUUUUAGCUGGAAAGCUUGAUGCUCUGGAGGAGUUUCGAGUUCAAAAGGAUGAAUUGAUGGCAAAGUUUGCUGCACUUGAACAGCAGCUGAAACAACAGGAGGAAGAGCACAGUGAUAUCAUUUACAAAUUGGAGAGGAGGGCAGUGAUUGAUAAAGACAGGUUAAAGAAGGAGAUGAUUACACGGGUCAAUACUGUGGCUACAGAGUUCCGUCGCAUUUCAAAGAAGCAAGUGGCAGAAACGACAAAAAGAGCCAUACGUGAGAAUAUAUCCAUCAGCAACCAGCUGGGAAAGAUGUCGGAAAAAAGCAUGAAAAUAAUCAAAGAAAAUGAUGAACUUAAAGUGGAAGCAAUGAAGCAGUGGAGGAACAUUAAUAUUUUAGAGGAAAGCCAGAAGGAGCUGGUCAGAAAGAAUCUCAGCAACUUGAAGGUUAUUCAAAUGCUGACUGAAAAAUGCAAACAGCAGCAGAAGACUCUGGAAGGGUGCAUGCAGAGAGAGAAGGUGGCUCAACAAUUUGAGUUGACAAUAAAAGAUCUUGAGGCUCAGAAUGAAUCUCUAAGGAAUGAAGUCACAUCUCUUAAGAAGGAGCUGGAGACAAAGCAUUCUCAACUAGAGAAUCAGAAGACAUCCAUGGAAAAUCAAGAAAAGCGCACAAAACAGAUGGAGAAAGUCCUCUCUGAUGCUGCCUAUGCUUUGAAGGAUGCUCUACUGGAUAGCACAGAAUGUGCAGAUGAAAGCUCCCCUAUCAUCAGCGUAAACAAGACGGAUUCUGAGAUGGCAGUGUAUACUCAUCGAAGUCUAAUGAUGCAGAAACUGCUGCUGUUACUGAACAAUGCAGCUGUCCUGGGACUUGGGCCUUCACCAGAGGAAUUUGUGAACAGUGAGCUGCAGAUCAUAGAAUAUCAACCAGGGAAAAUAGCAGAAAGACAUGGUUCUGCCUCUUCUGCCAAAGGUUCAGGCAUGUUGUCCCACUAUAAAGUAGGUGACCUGGGUCUGGUUCCACGACCAAAACAACAAAUUACUCCCAACCUUGCUGACAAAGUGGGCCAGCUAUCGAAAACAACACGUCUUUGUUUGCUCAGGCCAUUUCCGAGACCGAGACCAACUCCAACCCAAAUGAAUUGUUUGCCCAAGGAUUUGGCCACUGAAGAUCAAGGAGUACAGAACUCAAUCCUGCCCAAAAUCACUGCGGCAUAUUGCCUCCAGGACCAAGUUUGCAAACCAGCUACCUAGAUCUUGCAGAGACUUAGUGCAAGUGGGAGGGGGGAGGCAUUUAUUUUGUAGUUAAUUUUGGACUUUAAAUAUUCCAUGCUUUGUAAGUAAACUUAUUCUUUCCAGGCCAAUGAAUUUGGUUAAAUAUUUUGGGGGGAAAAUUAUUUUAAGAAAAUAAAUAAUUGCUCUAGUCUUCAUUGUGA